GUUUCAGCCACUGCUGCUUGGGACUCUUCUGUUCAUGAUUCAGUGCACCUGAAUAGGGUAACUCCUCAAAAUGAGAGAAUUUACUUAAUAGUGAAGACUACUGUGCAGCUCAGCCAUCCUGCUGCAAUGGAACUGGUAUUACGCAAAAGGAUUGCAGCCAAUAUUUAUAACAAGCAGAGUUUUACCCAGAGCCUGAAAAGGAGAAUAUCCUUGAAAAAUAUAUAUUAUGCCUGUGGAGUGACCUAUGAAAUAGUAUCCAAUAUACCGAAGGCUACAGAAGAAAUUGAAGAUCGUGAGACUUUAGCACUGAUGGCCGCAAGGAGUGAAAAUGAGGGCACCUCUGAUGGCGAAACGUACAUUGAAAAAUACACACGUGGUGUGCUGCAAGUGGAGAACAUUUUGAGCCUUGAACGACUAAGACAGGCAGUCACAGUCAAGGAGGCACUCUCCACCAAAGCGAGAAACAUCCGCAGGAGCAUCAGCACUCCGAAUGUCCACAAUGUAUCCUGUAGCCGACUAGAUCUUUCUGCCUGUGAUGAAGAUGAUAAGGGUUGGUCUGAAAGUCACCUAGAUAUAUCUGACUGUUCUUCCAGUUAUCAAGAUGUAUCAUGCUAUGGUACUUUACCCAGGGAGUCACCUCGCAAGAGCAAAGAUGGCAGUGGUGUUGCAUCAGAGAAUUCCCAUGCUUUAAUGGCCAGCCCUUUUAAAGCAUUUUCUCCUCAACCACCAAAGUUUUUCAAACCUUUAAUGCCGGUGAAGGAGGAACAUAAAAGGAAGACCCCACUUGAAAGCCGACCUCUGCUUAGCCAAGAGAGCAUGCCUUCAGCUCGAGGGCAUUGCACUGGCUGCGUUGUGCCCUCAGGAAGCAAUGCCAGCAGCGUGCCUGUAGAAAGCAAUAGCAUACGUCACCAAAAGAUUGACUCGGAGGAGGAAGACAGUGAGUUGGAGGCCAUUAAUAAGAAGCUGAUAAGUCCACAAAGUUUUCAAAAUUUCCGACCUUAUGUACCGGAGGAGUUUGCUGACUUCAGUGUUUACAAUGCUAGCCUGGAGAACAGGGAAUGGUUUUCUUCUAAAUCAGACUUCUUGAGUUCACGUGUUCUUGAGAAAGAGGUAUCCCGCAGCCCCACCACUAGCAGUAUUACUAGUGGCUACUUUUCCCACAGUGCCUCUAACGCUACUCUGUCUGACAUGCUUGUUCCCUGUAGUGAUAGCACAGACCAGCUAGCCAGUCAUAUGAAGGAGCUGGACUCUAGCGAUCCCUCAGGAUCAUCUCUUGCACAUGAUUUAAGACCCUCUUCGAACAAGGAAUGUCAAGAGUCAGAAAAGGAGUUGGCGAGAGAAAAGUUACCUGUGUUACCACUGAAACAAAACAGUGCCUUAACGGAACAAGUACCACUGUCCCUUGAUGACACUGACAGAGACUCUCAGCAGUUACCCAGAGCUGGAUUGUUCUCAGCUUCAGGUUCCUCAGAUGGCAAAAAUACCUGUCGUACAAUUGAAUUUUCAGCAUGUGAAGCAACAGUUGAGCACACGAUGGACAUUCUGGAAGAUCACUCCUUUACAGAGUUCAUGGGUGUCGAAGACGGAAAGGACUUUGACCAUUCGGCAGUUCUCCAGUCGUGUUCCCUUGUGUCCUCUCAUGGAGCGCGUGCCUCGGAGUUACCCCGAGGCACUGACGAGGAGCAGGGCGCGUGCGUGGGCCCGCUGGGCUCUGCAGCAGCAGCAGGCGACAGGCUUGCAGAGGCUGUGGAAAGCCCUUUGUGUUCUGUACUGGUAAAAGAGACUUCAGACCAUGAGACUUAUCCUGACGCUUCAGUAGAUGAUUUUAUUGGGAAGGACCACUUGGAUGGUUCUGACUGUGAAGAAGGUUCUUCUGCAGAUCAAGCCCACGUCCUGCCUAGUUGGGUGGCAGUGGGUGAACAAGUCUGUGUUGGAAGUAAUAAGACGGGCACGGUGAGAUAUGUUGGAACGGUGGAUUUUUCAACUGGAAUCUGGGUUGGAGUUGAACUAAAUGUUCAGCUGGGGAAGCAUGAUGGAACUGUGAAAGGCAGAGAGUACUUCCACUGCAAACCACGACACGGUGUCUUUGUUCGUCCUGGGCGCCUCAGCAAAGCACCAGCUUCCACAAGAAAAUGGAGUAGCACUUCACGGUCUCAGGCAUCUUCCACUUUAGAGAAACGGAGAAGUUCUGUGCUUCAAGGCUCGUCAUCCACUCCUAAAACAGGAGGAGAAAUCCUCUGCCAUUCAGGAGAUGCAGCAGCUUCUGCUUUUUCUAGGAAACAGGAGAACAGGAAGUCUUGGAUUAACUAAACAGCAGUAUUUUUGCACUUACUACACGCAUCACUGUGUAGAAAACUUUAUGGAUUUUUGAAGCUAUUGUACAUUUUAAUCUGUCCAUAUGGAAUGUGUAUUCUCUAGAGUCCUUGACUUAAUUCUCUAAUUUUUUAUAAAUAAUAUAUAUAUUAUAUAUAUAUAUGAAUGUGUAUCUAUAGUUUGUCUGCCACUGAGCAGAUACAGCUGCACACUAAAAUGACAGUUAAAGCUGAUCUGUAGAUAACUGAGGUACGGGACUAUUUGUUACGCAACAACUUGGGAGAUA